AUGGCUGAGAGCUUGGCCUUGAUCCAUGCCGAGAACCCUAGUCGCAGCUCCUAUUCGGCUCUGCCCGACGAGGUUUUCGCCCACCGUUGGAAAAAUGCCUUUGAUGGUGCUAUCGCAGCUGCUCUGGCGGCCGCCGAUGAUGCUGCGACCUUCUUUGUUCAAGAGGAUCUUCUCAUAUGGGGCUGCCCUUCAAUGCCUAGAGAGCAAGGCGGUUUGUUCCGGGUGACCGACCAUCACCAUAUGUCGGAAUAUGGCGACCCGGCCGUUGCGGAAGCAUUCUGGCGCAGCGUCCCACCCCGGUUGCGCCCUCUCCUGCAGGGGGCUGCCGUCUUCUACAUCACCAUGCUGUGCAUCGAUAUUGGCACCAUGAUCGUGUCCAUCCUCGCCCUGACCGGGUCCUACAGCGAGGACGAGGACCCAAUCGUAAUCAAGUUUCCGACUCUUGCUCUGCAUGUGCAGCGGUUGAUUGUCGCAUGGGCCUCCGUCAGUCUAGUCGCCUCCAUCACCCUAGCCCUCAUGACUUCCCUCGGCAUCAGCCCCAAGGCCCCCUCCAGAAACGAGCAGGAAUUCGCUGUCGCCCGCCACCGCCUCCUGACAUACUUCGUCCCCUGGGCCCUGGUCAGCCUCGCCGUCUGGGCCACCUGCGCCGGCCUGCAGGCUCGGUACUACGCGCUGGACCGGACCUCGUACAUCCCUACGUGCCGACGGUACCCCGAGCUGACGCAGUGCUGGAUGGUCUUUGCGACGUGGAUCCUUGUGCUGAUUUACAUAAUCAUGCGUUCAGAGCAGGGCAUGAUGAAGCGCUAA